AUGUUCAUUGAAGCCACGUAUCAGAAUGUGUACAACCAACGUCGACCGUCGCUCCCCGACAUUGAAGCGACAUUACAAGACAUUUUCAACCACCACCCACUCGUCACCUCCACCGAUGCUGGUGAUUCUGCGAUACCUGCAGACGCCCUUGUUGGCGUUCUCAAUUCAUUAUCGGCUGUUCACAAUGGUUUCGAGCUUAUGGACAGCACAGAAAUAGCCCAGCUCAACGAUGUUCUCAAAGACAAUCCUGGCCUGCAAGUAACUCCACCACUUUUAGUGCAGUUCUACGCGGACAAAACCAAGCAGCAUGUGUCUUCUCUGUCUUCUUCGACAUAUGAUGCGGCAGACUUGUUGGAAGGUCGGGGGCGCGCUCAAGACCGGACAGAAGGCGAAGAAUUUUCCCCGUCGUCAAGUAGUGACUCCCAAAGCCGACCUUCAUCUCGCGGACCACCUCUGACGCCCAAAACACAGUCAGUAUUUGACACGCAGCGACGCCAGCGUUCGACUCCACUGGGUAAUAAUGCCCCAUCGAGUUGGACCAAGCGACCGCCCGCCCCUCAUCGAAGGAAAAGUGACGCUGGUAGUCGUAGCGAUUCAGAAAACAGCCCAAAUGCCUUUAGGCAGUCAUUCUCACGGAACAGGGCCCCGUCGAAUCCUACUUCUCCUUCAGCAAGCAUGUCUUCAACUCAGAACAAUUUCCCGCUUGUCGGAUCACCUCCCUCUCGGCCCCAUUCGCGUGCCCAUUCAAACCCACAGUCUUUUACCAGUCCCUAUCGAGAUGAUGAUGACAGCAUGCACGACACUACGUCGAUAUAUGAUUAUACAGGACAGCGAAUGGAUGACUCAUUCAUCACAUCCGUAUCAUCAUUGCCUAUGCCGCAUUCAUCGUCAGACUCUGACGAGGAAGAUCAUUCUGAAUUGGGUUUAGUGAUGGAGCGCCAAACUACGAGUUCGACCGCCUCUCUGGAGCCCUUUGAGCGUGUCGAUGCCAUGCAGAAGCAGAUUUCAGAACUAAUGAGGAGGCUAACUGAGACAGACAGGGCUUUACAGAAGAGGAUUUCGGAACAUGACUCCGAAGUGGAGGAGUUGUCAACAAGAAUAGAUGAGUUGCGUAGUGAGCUGAACGCUUCCAAGCGUGACGAGAAGGACCUGAGAUCCAAGGAGCGAACAUACAUGAACCAGAUCUCAGCGUUGGAGAACGAAAUCGCAAAGCUUUCAAAGUCGCUGGAAUCUUCUCGCUCAUCUUAUGCCAACUUACAGAAGCAGUACUCCGAACAAUGCAGCGCCUCUGAGAAAUACCGUGGUGACUUGCGUCAGCGGGAAGAGACGAUCCGAAAUCUCAAGGAAACUGGCUCGUUACACGAAAUGGAAGCUAUGAAGUGGACCAAAGAGCAUGAAGCAUACGAAGCUCGAAUCUCUAGCCUCGAGAGUGAACUGGAACUGGCACAACAAGUCCAAGCCCAGUUAGAUGAACAGAAGCAGGAGAAUCUCUUGCUGAAGGAGACGAUUGAUCGCAUGAGAUUUGAUAUGGACGAGAUGAGAAAUAAUGCUUCCAGCGUUAUGGGUGGCUCCAGUGGGAACUCUAGCGCAGCCAAUACCCUGAGCAAGAGCCUGGGUGCCGAGUUGGCAAGUAAGAUCAAAGGUAGUUGGGGUCUAGAAGACAAAGAGGAUGUAGAAGAUGAAGGAGAUAGUGCGGCGACCACCGUUGAACACGAUAGCGACGGCGAAGAUGUGAUCCAAACAAUUAUAACGAGGAAGAAACGGAAGGUCUUAAGUCGCGCGAACAUGCUUGGAACAACAACUGUCGAGGAAUAUAAAGAAUAUUCUGACACCUCUGUGCAAUACGAUGCUACUGCUUUUAUAUCAACCAUCGCGACACAGACAGACCUGGAACCUAUCGUCCUCACGGCUUCUUCUAGCAUUCAGACUGGCGAACUUCCUGCGCCACUUUCCAAACUUGAAAUUGUACCAAAGGUUAUCAUGGAUAGGGACAUACAAACAGAUCUCGUGGAGAUCGACGGGACCUCGCGAUCCCCUUCACCCGAUGAAGCAAUGGCUUCUUCCUCAUCAACUAUUAUUCCUUCCACGCCCAAGCCCCUUCGUCGAUCCCUUGAAAUUCCUUCGGACCAGCCGCCCGCAUACGACCAGCACGCGGAACAUGACCGGGGUAUCGCUUCUGACACUCUGAAGAAAUUACACCCUGGUGCCGAGACGCCUCUGGCAGGGGUACCAGGUGGUGUUUCAAAAGAUGUUGUCGACGCCUGGAACAUGGUCAAGGAAGCGGUCGGGUGCAAGUGCUCGGUCAUAGACACGGUCAUUGAAAACUCAGAUAGGAUCAACAGCUCUCAACCACCAAAGGACGCUAAACGCCGGAGAAACCGUUUCUACAACAUUAUGUAUGUGGUCCGCGAUGGUUCUCCGCCCCUUCCGAAUGGUGUGGUCACCCAGGCUGCUAUGGUUUUCGGUGCUUCGGCACUAGUCCUCCUUGCUCUCGGCCCGUACAUGGUCCCUCCCUAUUCAGUUCCUGGCGGUCCGACCUACUAUGACCGUACUGCUUGGAAUAGUUUUAACACGAUGCAGGCGGCCGGAGAAGGUUUUUCUCCUGAUGGCACAGCAGCUGUAUGGCACUUCUUGGGUCGUGUAGGUGGCGGCGCCGCGCGAAUGGCAAGAGGCUGGCCGACAUGA